AUGGGAUCUUAUCAACUUCCUUCUGCAAGGUUCGAACACAUCCACGUUGAUAUUGUUGGAAGACUGCCACCUUCGAGAGGAUAUUCAUACUGCCUCACUUGCAUCGAUCGCUUUACAAGAUGGCCCGAAGCUUUUCCAAUACAAGACAUCACUGCAGAAACAGUUGCCCGUACGUUAUACGAAAAUUGGAUUUGCCGCUUUGGAGCCCCAUCAAAGAUAACAACCCACCAAGGAAAGCAGUUUGAAUCUCAUCUAUUCAAGUCCUUAGCUGCACUUUUGGGAACUGAAACCAUUCGGACCUCACCAUAUCGACCAUCCUCAAAUGGAAUUAUCGAGCGGAUUCACCGAAAUCUAAAGUCCUCAAUAAGAUGCCACGCAGACCAAGGAUGGGCGGAUGCACUUCCUACGGUAUUAAUGGGAUGGAGAGCAACUUACAGAGAAGACCUCGAAGCUACUCCUGCACAACUAACUUACGGAACUAACAUCAGGUUGCCAGGUGAAUUUUUCGUGGGAAAACAAAUCCAGGAUUGA